CACUCGCUGCUCAUUACCACGCAGCAGCCCUCUCACCAUGCCUGGGCCCCAGCCGUCUUCCUCAUCGCUGUCCCUAUUCUGGGAUCUGGCCUCCCCUCAAGAGGAGAAACGCAUCGCAUCUUCCUCACAAUUGGUGUCCACUCUCCUUGGCCAACAGUCGGCCCUCGUGGCCACGACGUCUCGCAGCACGCUCGACGGCGAUGACCAGCCGCCAAGUGAUGCGGACGCAGCAGACAUCGAAGCCUACCUUGAUCGAUGCUUGGCCUCGGAAGUCAGCUACUCGCUCCGUCGUCUCAUCCGCGGCCUGGCUUCGCCGCGCCAACAAUCGCGCGUGGGCUUCGCUGUAGCCCUUACUGAGCUCCUUUCUAACCUCACCACCCUCGUACGACCCGGCCAUUUCCUGACACUGCUCCGCAAGUACUCGACCCCUUCAGGCAGUAUAGACGGAUUCGAGCAGCGCAAUCUCCUAUUCGCUCGCCUCUUCGGCGUCCACUCCCUCGUUCGCUCCGGUCUGCUGCUCAGCCACCCGCAAGCUUCACCACAAGAAGUAGCUGCUGCCGUCGACCUGCUCGUUGAGCUGGGAGAGACAAAGGCAUGGAUGCGCGAGUCGGCCGCAUGGGAGCUCGUAGAAAUGCUGCAGGCUGCGCAGGCUGAGGGAUCAAGCUCGCGGCUCAAAGAUGCGGUCAUGAGCUCCCUCGGCGCUUACGCUACAAGCUCUGAUAUUACGCCAGAGAAGCUCGCCCUCAUGCUCCAACUGCCUGGCAGGCAACAUCCCAAUCUCAAAGCUAGCCACCCUCUCAGCUCAGCCAACCUGCCCGCAGUGGCCAAAAUUCUGCGCAAUGCUUCCUCCAGCCUCGAGAAGGAAGCAGCAGAGGACGCUGCCACUAAGCAAGAUCGCACAGGCGCACACAACCCUCGCGCUCACUUCGUCUGGGACACCAUUCUCGCCCUCUACGCCUCUGGCUCGACAAAGGGCGCAGCCCCAUUCGGCGACUUCUGGCGUAUCGCAGUCGAUGACUCCCUCUUUGCAACAAACGCAACACCGGAGCGCAAAUCCUGGGGCUUCCAGAUCUUUUCCCGCGCCCUCCCCCUCCUCCCUGCUAGUGACAAGCCUUUGCUCCUCUCCCCGAAUUUCAUGCGUACCUGGAUCAACCAGCUCGCCGGAGGAGAUCGUUUGCUGCACAAAGCGGCCGUUCAGGCUGCGGAGGUGGUCCAGGCGACUGUGAAGGAGGAGCCCCGCGCAGGCUUCGCCCUCGUCGUGCAAUUGCUGGGCAAGCACGGCAACCAGAACUUCGACAAGUUGACCAAGACGAAGACGAUCGAGGGCUUGUUGGGGCAGAUGGAUGGCGAAGGGGUGGAUCAGUACGUUCACUACGUUGUGGAGAGUAUCUCUUCCUCCCACGAGGAUGCGAAGCGUCGUUGGGGCCUGGAUCAGCUGCUGAAUCUCGUACGCAAUACUGCCGUACCGACGAGCGACGCUUGCGUGGAGAGCAUCUUGAGCUACCUGGUCGUUGGAGGGCUCUUCGCCUGGAAGAAGCCCCCCGCGAAAGGCCUGUUGGCUUUGCAGCCGAAGCCGGCUUUCAGUGACGAGAUCCGCGGGCUUUGCAGGUCACGAUGGCUUUCUUGUCUCACAGACCUUAUGGACCGCACAACCGCGCUUGGCACCGAAGAGGGCAAGACACGUAGGGUGCAAGGCGUGGACUCUAAAGGGGUCCCGUGGUUGCGAAAUGCGUGGAAUGGCCUACAGACUAUCUCGAAGGACAGCAAGAGUUUCUCUUCGAGCCUCGAAGACGAGACAGUCAAGGAGGCUGUUGCCAAUGGCGAAAAGCUGCUGAUCAAAGUGCACAAGAGCAAGAAGGAGCGAUCAGAGGCCUUCGAGACGUUGGUGAUUGCCACGCUCCUCUACAUCUACGAGGCAGGGCCGGAGGAUGCGAAUGACCUGAUCACCCAACUUACGGACUGCCAUGAGCGUCUAAGCGCUCCUGCGACUGCCGUCGCCAAGAGAAACGACGAGGAGGAGGAAGAGAUCUCGGGCAUCGAGCUUCUUCUGGACUAUCUCGUCGGCCUGCUGGAGCGCCCUUCUGCUUUCCUUCGCGCGGUGACAGAGCACGUCUUUGCAGCUUAUGUCCCCGAUAUGAACAGGGGGAGCGUCGAGCAUUUGGUUGAUCAGUUGGGCCUGAACGAGGAGCCAGAGGGUGCGGAGGGUGAGGAUGAUGAGGACGACGAGAUGGAGGACCGUGAAGAGGCCGGGGAGACGAGUGAGGCUACUUCGUCCGAUUCGGAUGAUGAGGAUGAAGAUGACGAGGACGAUGACGAGGAAGUAGACGAGGAUCUCCGCAACGCUGUCUCAGAAGUGCUCAAAGCCGCCGGCAUGGCUGACGAGGACGAGGACGAAGAUGCGGCAGACCCGGAUGCCGAAGGUGUAGACAAAGACGUCGCUCGUCCCCAGGUCAACGGCGAUGACAGCGACAAUGAGUCCGUCCCGGACCUCACCGACGACCAAAUGAUGCAAAUCGACGACCAACUCGGCGACAUCUUCCGUGCUCGUCUCCAGUCUCGCAAAGAGACCAAGGAAGCCAAGGCGGAAAGCGUCGCGUUCCAGCACAAGGUGCUCGACUUGCUCGCUAUAUUCGCCAAGCGAAGAUCGAGUUCUGCGGAAGUGCUCGUGCUGGCACGGCCGUUGUUCGUCCUUGCCAGCGAGGGUGACGACAUUGAUCGCUCCUUGGCUACAAAAGCCGGUACGGUGCUGAGGAGCAGCAUCUGCAAGGCCAAGGAGAUGCCUCAAGUGGACGAGGAUGGGCUGGAGGGCGUGCUGGAGGACCUGGAAGCCGUACAUGGACUGGCCAGACGGACUACAUCCGGCGACCUUGCCUCGCUGGCGAGCGUUGUCAACCUCUAUCUCACUCGCAUCUGCCUCGGCGAGGCAGGCGACGAACUCAACGCAAAGCUCAUCAGACUCUAUGAGGAGACGCUCAAGGACUUCCUGACACGCUCUGCCUCGCAACUCAAGCCCUCAUUCCUCCUCGAUGCGCUGAAGCGCUUCCCACGGCUUGGCUGGCAGCUGCGCUCUGUCCUACUCGAGGGUUGCUCCCUUUCUGCUUCGAUCAAGGCCUUCAGACAGCAGCAGGCGUUCCAGAUGCUGCUCGCCGUGCUCAACCAGGCGGCUGGAGCUGUGGAGCUGAAGGAGCAGGUCGUCACAAAGGCGAUGCCCGAGGUGGCUACUGUCGUCUUCAGCUCAAUUGCCUUCGCUACGGCCUCGCACUCUACCUCGAGUGAGGGCGGAGCGAGUGCAGGCAAGGUGAAAGAGCUUCUCAAGUUUGCCCUCCAAGCUGUACGCCUCACUCAGCGUGUCAGCGCUACCACCUCAUCCCCGGAGGCUGUCCGCUCGGUCUGGAAGCCGACCAAAAUCCGCGACGCUCUCGAGACGAUGGGGCAGAGCGAGCAAUUCAAGCAGUCAACAUCGCUGCAGGGCUUGCUGAAGCAGAUGUUGGCACUCGUAGAGGGCGGCAGUGCCAGCAAUGGGGCUGCGAAGGGCAAGAAGAACAAGGACCGUCGUAAUAGUGUGAGCGAGGCGAACGGAGUCGAGGAAGGGGCGGUCAAGAGCAAGAAGCAGAAGGUGAAUGGUGAUGCUGCGAAGGCCUUGCAGGGAAAGAAGAAGCAGAAGAAAAAGGGGCAGGCUGCGGCGUAGGUGUGAGGCGGUGAUGGCAUUUUUGUUCUCUUGCCGCAACUUCAGACGCAUUUGCAUUUGGUACCCUGCUCUCACUUCGGCCAAUAAUCGCACUGAGUGAGCUAUGAGUGAGUUACUCACGCGACGCCUUUCCUUCAUUCACGCCAUGUGACUUGGGUGACGAUGGAGCUAGUCUCCAUUCAUAGCUCACUCAAUUGAUCUUGUGAUCACCUCGUGGCGU